CGGAGAGGGGCCCCACACGCCACCCUAUGCUCCUCGGUCCCGCUAAGACCAAGGAUGGAAGCCUGCACGGGCCUCGUGGCCCCCCAGAGGGGCCAGAGCCGGCUCUCCUGCGGGAACUUCAAGACGAUUUAUACGGAUUGGGCCAACCAUUAUCUAGCCAAGUCGGGGAACAAGCGCAUUAUCAAGGACCUUCAGCAGGAUGUGACCGACGGAGUGUUGCUUGCGGAGAUCAUACAGGUUGUAGCCAAUGAGAAGAUUGAAGAUAUCAAUGGAUUCCCUAAGAGUCGGUCUCAGAUGAUUGAGAACAUUGAUGCCUGCCUCAGCUUCCUGGCAGCCAAGGGCGUCAACAUCCAGGGCCUGUCUGCAGAAGAGAUCCGCAAUGGCAAUCUGAAGGCCAUCUUGGGGCUCUUCUUCAGCCUGUCCCGCUACAAGCAGCAGCAGGCCCAAAAGCACAGCUCCCAGCCCCACGCACCGCACCAACACCACCAGACCAGCUCCCCCUCCACCCAGCACACCCACAGCCAGGCCGGGGCCCCCGUUCAGGGCCAAUCGCACACGCUAUCGGCACAAACGCAGAAAGCACAAGCAGAGAUGCAAUCCAGGCUCCCGGGCCCCACCUUGAGGAUGUCAGCUGCAGGCAGCGAGGGCAAGCCCCGGGGCCCGGCCGGCGCCAGCGCUAACAACCGCCGCAGCCAGAGCUUCAACACCUUCGACAAGUCCAAGCCCUGCCCUCGGCCCGCCAGCGUCCACGAGAAAGAGCCACCAGAGGGCGUCAGCACCCAGCCUUCCGGGAUGGCUGAACACACCCCACCUUCAGGACCCAUCUGCACCUCCAGCAGCAUAUCCACCUUCAGUGGCACCACCUCUUCCUCCUCAUCCUCAGCCAUCCCCCAACCCAGCUCAUCCAGCAAGCCCUGGCGGAGCAAGUCACUCAACGCCAAGCACAGCGCCACCACCUCCAUCUUCUCCGUGAAGCAGGACCCCCCCAAGCUGUCCCUGCCGCCCGUCGAGACCCCCCCGAAGGCCGCCCCCGUCCCUCAGAGGUCCAUGCUGGAGAAGCUCAAGCUCUUCAACAGCAAAGGGGGCUCCAAGUCGUCUGGAGGGGGGCCGGCGACGGACGGCGCAGUCGCCCGGGAGACCGGCGCAGAGAAGGCGGAGGCCGGCUCCAACACAGACCCCCUGGAGGAGGCGGACGGGAACGCGCGGCCCCCAAACGGCACGGGCGUCGCCCUCACCAGCAGCCCCAAGAUCGCCCUGAAGGGCAUCGCCCAACGCACCUUCAGCAGGGCCCUCACCGCCAAGAAGAGCUCCCUGAAGGUCGCCGAGAAAGACAAGGACAAGACCAAGGAGAAGGACAAAGCCAAGGAGAGCUCCAAGCGCUCGUCAGUCACCGAGAGGGCGGAGCUAAAGGAGGGGCCGAAGGAGGAGCUUGUCGUUCAGGAGGUGGAGCAGAAGAAGACCUCAAAGAUCACCAGCUUUAUCCCCAAGGGGGGAAAGGUCAGCGGUGCCAAAAAGGAGGGCUCGACCCAAGUGCACAGCGGCAUACCAAAGCCAGGAGCCAAGGCCUCCGGGGCGGGGAAGAGCUCAGCGGGGCCCUCUGCUGGUAAGGAUGGGGAUCGGCCCCGCAGCAUGCGGCUGAGCGGGGGGCUGUCCCUGUACAAGGGGCAGCUGGACGGCAGGAACUCCAGCUCCUCCUCCAGCCUGGCCUCCACCGAGGGCAAGGCCCAGCAGACCAACAGCGCCCUGGUGGCCGGCGCGGGUACAACACAGUCGACGGCCAGCAACACUGUCAGCGUUCAACUACCUCAUCCUCAACAGCAAUACAGCCACCCCAACACUGCCACUGUCGCCCCUUUCAUGUACAGGUCACAGACGGACGCACCAGGGACGGCGACGGCCGAGACGGGGUUGGGUGGAUCCGGGGACGCCGUGGUCUUCAGCAAGCCCGUCCAGUCCUCCAUGGAGGACCUCGCAGGUGAGGACCCAGAAGCCAGGCGGUUAAGAACGGUGAAGAACAUCGCAGACCUGCGGCAGAACCUGGAGGAGACCAUGUCCAGCCUGCGUGGGACCCAGAUCACACACAGCACCUUGGAGACCACCUUCGACGGCAGCGUCACCACGGAGAUCAGCGGGCGCGGCGUGCUCGCCAUGGCCUCGCGCUCCACGCCGUUGUCGUGGCGACUGGGGCAGACCAGCCCGCGGCUGCAGGCGGGGGACGCGCCCUCGGUGGGUAACGGCUACCCGCCCCGGGCGCACGCCAGCCGCUUCGUCAGCUCCGAGAGCGGCCGCUACCUCUACUCCGGCCCCCUGCGGCGGCAGCUGGCCCCCCGCGGCAGCGCCGUCUGCGGCCCCGACCUGGCCGACAAGGUGGAGGAGCUGGACCUGGAGGGCAUCGGCAUGGACGCCCCGGGGUACAUGAGCGACGGAGACGUGCUGAGCAAGAACAUGCGGGCCAGCGAUGUCACCAGCGGGUACAUGACGGACGGAGGACUGAGUCUGUACACGCGGCGGUUGAACCGGCUGCCGGACGGGGUGACGUCGGUGAGAGAGGCCCUCCAGCGCAAGGCCUCCACAGGCCAGGUGGACGCAGACAGUUGGGACGACAGCAGCUCGGUCAGUAGUGGGAUCAGCGACACCAUCGACACUGAUGACAUCAACACCAGCUCCUCCAUCAGCUCCUACCCCACCACGCCAGCCACCCCUCGGAAGGGCGUAGACGUGCAGCACCAGACGGACGCCGAGAAGCACUCGGCCGUGGACCGCAGCGUCACGUGGUCCAGCGACGAGGUGCGGCGGUCGGACGGGGGCUCGGACAGCGGGGUGCGGAUGGAGCCCGGCUCCAAGUGGCGCCGGAACCCUUCGGACAUGUCGGACGAGUCGGACAAGAGCCCCUGCGGCCGGCCAGGCCCCGCCAUCUCCCAAACCGGCUCCUGGAGGCGGGGCAUGACUGCCCAGGUGGGCAUCACCUCCCCCCGCACCAAGACAACGGCGCCCCCAGGGUCCACCGCAGUCAAGACUCACGGGACCGGUAAAACGGACGACGCCAAGGUGUCGGAGAAGGGCCGGCUCUCUCCCAGGUCCAGCGGUAUCCAGCGUUCGCCAUCGGACGCGGGGCGGAGCAGCGGGGACGAAGCGAAAAAGCCCCCAUCCAGCACGUCUCGAACUCCGACCAACACCUUCGGCUUCAAGAAGCAGGGCGCCGGCAUGACCAUCAUCACAGCCAGUGGGGCCACCAUCACCAGCGGUUCAGCCACCCUGGGCAAGAUCCCCAAAUCCUCUGGUCUCAUCGGGGGGCGCUCUGUGGGCCGGAGGGACGGUCAGCAGGCCCAGGACGAUGGCUACCUGCCCGUCAGCGCGCGAGCUAACCUCCAGUACCGGAGCCUGCCUCGCCCCAGCCGGGCCGGCACCCGAAACGGCAACCGCUCCUCCACCAGCAGCAUCGAGUCCAACCUCAACGGCAAGACGGCUGCUCUCCCCGGGCCCAAAGCCCGCGAGCCGGCCAAGGGCGCCGGCGGGAACGCCCUGUCUUCGGCCAACCAGACAGACCGGGAGAAGGGGGUCUCCUCGGAUGCGGAGUGCGUCGUGCCCUGCGGCUCCAUCAGGUCCAGCCCUACAUCUCAGAGCAGUGGGGGCCUGGCACCCCAGGGUGGGAGGCCGCCAGGGAGCAAGUACGCCGAUGUGUCGUCGCCUACGCUGCGCAGGCUCUUCGGGGGCAAGCCCGGCAAGCAGGCCCCCGUCACCACGGCGGAGAACAUGAAGAACUCCACCGUCAUCUCCAACCCCCACGCCACCAUGGGCCAGCAGGGGGCGCUGGACUCGCCCUCGGGCGGGGCGGCGCUGAGCAGCGGGGGCAGCAGCCCCCUGUACGGGGCCCGGGCGGGCGGGGUGGGCGAGCCGGCCCUCUCCUCGCUGGCCUCCAGCCCUGGCUCGGCCUACUCCGGCCCCUCCAACAGCCUGACCUGGGGCACCACCCUCAGCAGCUCCUCCGCCCUGGGCUACCCCUCAGUCAGCAGCCUGCACACCAGCUGCGAGUCCAUCGACGUCUCUCUGGGCAGCGGGAGCCUGGGGGGACAGCAGGGCCCCAGCAGGGAGGACGCUCUCUCUCUUCUGGUCAGGACCGGCCUGUCAGAAAGUCCCCUCUCUUCCCCCUCUGCUAGUCCUAAAUUCAGCCGAAAUACAUUACCUCGGAAACAGGACAGUGACCUGCACCUCCACAGAAACACACUGCCAAAGAAGGGACUCAGGUACGCCCCGUCGCCCCAGCUGCGCAGUCACGAGGACGCCAAGGAGUGGCUCCGCUCCCACUCCGCCGGCGGACUGCAGGACUCCGCCAGCAACUCGCCCUUCUCCCCCGGGUCCAGCAUCACCUCGCCCUCCGGGACCCGCUUCAACUUCGCUCAGCUGCCCAGCCCCACCACAGCGGCACAGAUCAACCUGGCCAACCUGCGCGCAAACGCCGUGUCCAAUCAGGAGGGUCCGUACGACCCUUACAGCGACUCCCGCCUCCGCAACUCCUCCAUGUCACUGGACGACAAGUCCCGGACCAUGAGCCGUUCCGGGUCCUUCCGAGACGGCUUUGAAGAGGUUCAUGGUUCAUCACUGUCUCUUGUAUCCAGUACCUCCUCUAUCUACUCAACGCCUGAAGAAAAAUCACAGUCAGAGAUCCGCAAACUGCGGAGAGAGCUGGAUGCCUCUCAGGAAAAGGUGUCCGCACUGACAACGCAGCUUAGCGCAAACGCUCACCUGGUGGCUGCCUUUGAGCAGAGUCUGGGGAAUAUGACCAUCCGGCUGCAGAGUCUCACCAUGACUGCGGAGCAGAAGGACUCGGAGCUGAACGAGCUGAGGAAGACCAUCGAGUUCCUGAAGAAGCAGAAUGCCGUGGCGCAGGCAGCCAUCAACGGGGUCAUCAACACACCCGAGCUGACCUGCAAAGGGCAGGGGAUGAUGGGAAACGAUGGCCGCCCCUCCCCUGUCUGCGCAGCCUCGGACAACGGCACGCCGCAGUCGCAGCCGGACCUGCGCAUCCGCAGACAGCACUCCUCCGACAGCGUGUCCAGCAUCACCAGUGCCACCAGCCACUCCAGCGUGGGCAGCAACGUGGACCAGGACGCCAAGAACAAGAAGAAGAAGAAGAACUGGCUUCGGAGCUCCUUCAAGCAGGCGUUCAGCAAAAAGAAGUCGCCCAAGUCGGCGUCCUCGCACUCGGACAUCGAGGAAAUGACCGACUCCUCCCUGCCCUCAUCCCCCAAACUCCGGCACAACGGCUCCUCGGCCUCCACGCCCAUCCUGAGGAACUCCCAUUCCAACUCUCUACUGUCGGAGUGCACGGACAGCGAGGCGGAGACGGUCAUGCAGCUGCGCAGCGAGUUGCGCGAUAAGGAGAUGAAGCUGACGGACAUCCGCCUGGAGGCGCUCAGCUCCGCCCACCAGCUGGACCAGCUGCGCGAGGCCAUGAACCGCAUGCAGGGGGAGAUAGAGAGGCUGAAGACUGAGAACGACCGUCUGAAGCUGGAGAGCCAGGGCAGGAGCAGCAGGGCUGCGUCCCAGGUCUCCAUCGCCUCCUCUCCCCACCCCUCUGCGGGGCUGUCCCAGCACAGCCUCGGCCUGUCAGAGUCCACCAGCCUGGACAUGCUGCUGGAUGACAGUGCUGAUGGCAGCUCACGCAAAGAGGGCCGGCACGUGAAGAUCAUGGUGGUUCUGGAGGAAGACGUCAAACGGAAAGAGGAGUGCAGACCUGGCCACUUUCUCAUUGGCUGCAUCGGGGUCAGCGGCAAAACCAAGUGGGAUGUGCUGGACGGAGUCGUCAGGCGCCUCUUCAAGGAGUACAUUGUCCAUGUGGACCCGGUGAGCCAGCUGGGCCUGAACUCAGACAGCGUGGAGGGGUACAGCAUCGGGGACGUCCACCGCACCGGUGGGGCCGAGACCCCCGAACUUCUGCCCUGCGGCUACCUGGUGGGGGAGAACAACACCAUCUCCGUCACGCUUAGGGGCGUGUCUGCGCACUGCCAGGACAGCCUGGUGUUUGAGACGCUGAUCCCCAAGCCGGUGCUCCAGCGCUACGUGACCCUGCUCCAGGAGCACCGCCGCAUCAUCCUGUCAGGCCCCAGCGGCACGGGGAAGUCCUACCUGGCCAGCCGGCUGGCCGAGCACGCCGUGCUGAGGGAGGGCCACUCGUUGAGCCCCGGGGCCAUCGCCACCUUCAACGUGGACCACAAGUCCAGCAAGGAGCUGCGACAGUACCUGUCCAACCUGGCUGAACAGUGCAACAGCGAGAGCCAGACGGCGGACAUGCCCCUGGUGGUCAUCCUGGACAACCUGCACCACGUCAGCUCCCUGGGGGAGCUGUUCAACGGCCUGCUCAGCUGCAAGUACCACCGCUGUCCCUAUAUCAUCGGCACAAUGAAUCAGGCCACAUCUUCAACUCCAAAUCUGCAGCUUCACCACAACUUCAGGUGGGUGCUGUGCGCCAAUCACACGGAGCCGGUGAAGGGGUUUCUGGGCCGCUUCCUGCGACGGAAGCUGGUGGAGACGGAGAUCAGCAGCCGCACGCGGAACGCCGAGCUGGUGAAGAUCAUCGAGUGGAUCCCCCGCGUCUGGCACCACCUCAACCGCUUCCUGGAGGCACACAGCUCCUCAGACGUCACCAUCGGGCCACGCCUCUUCCUGUCCUGUCCCAUUGAUGUGGAUGGCUCCAGGGUGUGGUUCACCGACCUGUGGAACUACUCCAUCAUUCCCUACAUGCUGGAGGCAGUGCGGGAGGGCCUGCAGCUCUACGGCAGGAGGGUGCCCUGGGAGGACCCGGCCAAGUGGGUAAUGGAGACGUACCCAUGGGCGGCCAGCCCCCAGCAGCACGAGUGGGCCCCCCUGCUGCACCUCCGGCCUGAGGACGUGGGCUUCGACGGGUACUCGGCCUCCCGCGAGGGCUGCCACAGCCAGAGGGCCCCUCCCAGCGACACCGAGGGAGACCCGCUGAUGAACAUGCUCAUGAGACUUCAAGAAGCAGCCAACUGCUCCAGCCCCCAGAGCUACGACAGCGACUCCAACAGCAACAGUCACCAUGACGACAUCCUGGACUCCUCGCUUGAGUCAACAUUGUGACCUCCCAAAUAACAAAUUAAAAGAACAUUUUUCUAACCCGAGACAAUUACUUGACCGGAAUAAGGUGUCACACUGACUGUUGCUCCUUGUUUGUUAACUAUUGCAGUGAAAGAAAGCAAAUUUCACUGUUAAAUUGUUGGGGGGAAAAGGGUGCAGGUAACCCACAGCAGAGAAAAAACAAAUCCUUUUAUAAACGCGGGAGAAAACUGCCCUACUCUAUUUUUACAAUGUAUUUAUACAAGGCUUUUGGUAGCCCAGAUUUAUGAUGUGAAAUUUACAAGAACAAAAUGGCCUAUCUGUGGAGAGAAGCAUAGUGCCGUGCCCAUUUCAUCUCACUGAAGGAACCGUCGCCUAUGCCGCAGUGAACCAAGCAAGCCGCAGGUGGCUGGACCCCCAGCGGAUUUGUGUCCUCUCCUCAGCUGCAGAUGGAGCUGCAUGGCUGGACCCCCGGCAGAGUUGUGUCCUCAUCUCGGAGCUGGAGAUGGAGCUGCGUGACUGGACCCCCGGCUGAAUUGUGUUCUCUCCUCAGCUGUAGAUGGUGCUGCAUGGUCAUCCUGAUAUACCGAGUCGAGAUCUGUGCCCACACCACCCUUCCCCGCCUACUGUAUAUCCUAUCCUGUCCUAUGCCAUGCUUCAUCCAAUACUGCCAAACCUUGUCCUGUCUGGCAUUACAUUCCAUCAGUUAUUUAGCUGACGCUUUUAUCCAAAGCAACUUAUGGUUGAUGGCCAAUCCCCCCUGGAGCAAUGCAGGGUUAAGGGCCUCGAGGACAGCAUUGAUCUCAUUGUGGCUGCACUGGCUUGAACCGCCAACCUUACAGGUCCCAGUCAGGCACCUUAGCCACUAGGCUAUAGCCUAGUGUCCACCUUAGCCACCUGUCCAUUCCCACUCUACCCUGCUCCUACCUUGCCCUGUCUGUAACCCUGCCUCACCUCUCCCUUUCUCACCUCAUUGUACCUAAUCUCUGUGCUACCACUGCCCCCCUUCCCCCUGCCCUGCACACAACUGCCCCCAACCCCUGGUGUACAAUACCCAGUUCUGCAACCACCUUGGUUGUGUCCUCCCUGUCUCUUUGGGUGACCAUUCUCUCCUUUCCAAGGCAAGCAGUCUUUCUAGUGGCCUAUCUAGCAGUGAAAGUCUGUGGUUAAACCAGAUGAGUUCUGAUUGGAACGAUGAAACAUCUAGUACUAGUUUAUUUCAGUACGGCAUAUCUGUUGUCCUUUGAUGUCAAACUUGAAAGGAGCUCCGUUUCCCCUCGAAAGCACCAGCUGGACACAUUUUAACCAUUUUCUUCAAGACAAUCUAUUUGACCAGUUAAAGCUGGUUGAAUAUCUCUUGAUGUCUGGCUUUACUUUGGGCAUGUUUUCUUCUUUUUGGGACAGAGAACACUUCUACCAUUGUAGCACUUUUCAUGAUACUGUAGCCAAGAAAUGAGCAAAUUACAAGCUUGACCAAUCUGCAGUCUCUGAGAGUAGCAUUUAAAUCUUGGUGCUAAACUUCAGAACAAUGCCUUACUACUUUUGGAAUAACUGCAUUUACGCUAUAUUAGCAUAGUGUUCUUAUUUUUGUACAUCGAACUACAGGGCUGUGGUGUUCUUCUAAUCUAGCUUUGGACAGGCAGGUAUGUAGUGCUCUGACUUUACUGCUAUCAAACCCUAUUGCCAUGGCAUUGGGAAGCUGUGAGGCAACAGUGUUUUUUUUUUGGAUUCCAUACAAGGUGCUUUUUACCAACUGAUAGUGAAAGGUUUCCUGGAGUUUGUCAAUGUUUUGAAGUGUGCUUUGUACCCAGUGUCAGUUGAGAAAAGUGUGCAUCUUGACAGCCCAUCAAAGAGAGGGAAGGUUUUUCUUAGUGCUUGGUCUAUGGCCCAGUUUGCCAUGCACUGUACAGACUCCAGAGAAAAUGAAUAGAAGAAAAGGUCUUGUUUUUUAGGGGUUUUUACAGUAUGUAUGCCUAUUGAGCCUUUAAACUUUUAACCAUUGUCCUGCUCAUACUUUUUGUGAGAAAAAAAUGGUGUCCCUGCAUGAACUACCUGCUGCUUUUUGAGAAAGUUUACAACAAAAAAAGAGAGCAAGAUCAAAAGGGCCAGUUUUUGUGUGCGUUUCAUUUCAUUGUGGUCUGUCCAGGUACAGCCCAUCUCCAAACCAGUUUUCUGUUGAGAUGGGAUACCCUGGAAUACCUGCAAUUUUUAAAUGAAUGCUGGAGUGUGAAAAUGCAGUAUGAUAAUUACCGUGGUAGCGAUCUGGAUUCAGUGUAAAUGGGAUUCUUACUCUUCUACAGGGCUUUGGGUUUUUUUCUAGUUUUGAUGUCCACACCAUUAAGCAUUUUAAACCUUUUUGAGUGAUACACUGCUCCGAUUGUAUAUCUUAUAACUCUUCCAUCGUCUGUCACAAGUUUCAGUUGUUCAUUUUGAGUGUUCCCUAGUUACUAGGUCUAUGCAACAUUCAUUCUGAAUUUCCAGUGGAAGCCAAAUAGUUUCCUAGUGUUUUAAGUACUGCCACAAAUUGUACAGCAAGUGAAUAGAUGUGUGAAUAUUUUUGGGGUAUGUAUUUUAACUAGCCUUUCUUUGUAAAUGUAAUUUUCUUUUUUUGUUAUAGUCUUUUCAAGCACAGAAAAAAGAUGUGUGGUUGGUUGUGUACUUGUGAAAUUUGUCCCAGCUGGAAUUUGGAUUCUGAACUUUUAUGGAAAGUUCUAGUAAUAUAAACGUCAAACAGUCUGUUAAUGAACGUGUACUUUAAUUUGUACAUCUUGCUUUGUAACAUAAAAAAAAUGUAAAUACUUGACUACUGUGCUACAUUUUGAUGAAUUUUUCUAGCCAAUUUUAAACAAAACUAUAAAAUAAGUAUUUUACAUACACCCUGCUUUCAUUCACACAAGCCUUUUCAGGUCAAUAUUGUCAAUAUAUCAUGUGGCUCCCUCAAGAAUAAAUUUGAACACUGUACCAGUCUUAAAUUAUUCAUGAUUCAAUAAAAUGAAUGCUUAUUUAUUAA